CCCCUCCCCCCACCCCUCCCCCCGUUCAUGGCCCCUCCGGACUCGGCCCCUGCGCCGGGGGCCCGGGCCCAGCCCCACCACGCUAUGCCUGAAUCGGGCGCGCCCCGGCCCGCGCCCCGCCGCCGCCCCCCGGUCCCCGCGUCGUCCCGGAGCCCGGGCCGCAGCCUGCGCCGCCCGCAACAGCCCUGAACCCGGCCCCGCCACCCGGCCCUUGGAGCCAGCCCGCUGCCCGGGGACGAAGGCGCAGAAAGUGCGCUGGGAACGAGACCGAAGGAAGGAUCGAGAAGGAGAGCGCAGCCGCCGCCGGGCCCUGCGCGCCCCAGGAGCGCCGCGCGGCCCUGCCCGCGGGCUCCGGGUGUCCGCGGGGCGGCGCCGCGGAACAUGACGGCGCCCUGGGCGGCCCUCGCCCUCCUUUGGGGAUCGCUGUGCGCGGGUUCCGGGCGUGGGGAGGCCGAAACGCGGGAGUGCAUCUACUACAACGCCAACUGGGAGCUGGAGCGCACCAACCAGAGCGGCCUGGAGCGCUGCGAGGGCGAGCAGGACAAGCGGCUGCACUGCUAUGCGUCCUGGCGCAACAGCUCCGGCACCAUCGAGCUGGUCAAGAAGGGCUGCUGGCUGGACGACUUCAACUGCUACGACAGGCAGGAGUGUGUGGCCACCGAGGAGAACCCCCAGGUCUACUUCUGCUGCUGCGAAGGCAACUUCUGCAACGAGCGCUUCACCCACCUGCCGGAGGCUGGGGGACCGGAAGUCACGUACGAGCCACCCCCGACAGCCCCCACCCUGCUUACGGUGCUGGCCUACUCGCUGCUGCCCAUCGGGGGCCUCUCCCUCAUCGUCCUGCUGGCUUUCUGGAUGUACCGGCAUCGGAAAGCCCCCUACGGCCACGUGGACAUCCAUGAGGACCCUGGGCCUCCGCCCCCGUCCCCUCUGGUGGGCCUGAAGCCACUGCAGUUGCUGGAGAUCAAGGCUCGGGGGCGCUUUGGCUGUGUCUGGAAGGCGCAGCUCAUGAACGACUUUGUGGCUGUCAAGAUCUUCCCACUCCAGGACAAGCAGUCGUGGCAGAGUGAGCGGGAGAUCUUCAGCACGCCCGGCAUGAAGCACGAGAACCUGCUGCAGUUCAUCGCCGCCGAGAAGCGAGGCUCCAACCUCGAGGUGGAGCUGUGGCUCAUCACGGCCUUCCAUGACAAGGGCUCCCUCACGGAUUACCUCAAGGGGAACAUCAUCACGUGGAACGAACUGUGUCAUGUGGCAGAGACAAUGUCAAGAGGCCUCUCCUACCUGCAUGAGGACGUGCCCUGGUGCCGUGGUGAGGGCCACAAGCCGUCUAUCGCCCACAGGGACUUUAAAAGCAAGAAUGUGUUGCUGAAGAGCGACCUCACAGCCGUGCUGGCUGACUUUGGCCUGGCUGUUCGGUUUGAGCCAGGAAAACCUCCAGGGGACACCCAUGGACAGGUGGGCACACGGCGGUACAUGGCCCCCGAGGUGCUCGAGGGAGCCAUCAACUUCCAGAGAGACGCCUUCCUGCGCAUCGACAUGUAUGCCAUGGGGCUGGUGCUGUGGGAGCUUGUCUCCCGCUGCACGGCCGCGGAUGGACCGGUGGACGAGUACAUGCUGCCUUUUGAAGAAGAGAUCGGUCAGCACCCGUCGCUGGAGGAAUUGCAGGAGGUGGUUGUGCAUAAGAAGAUGCGGCCCGCCAUUAAGGAUCACUGGCUGAAGCACCCGGGCCUGGCCCAGCUCUGUGUGACCAUUGAGGAGUGCUGGGACCACGACGCGGAGGCUCGCCUGUCUGCGGGCUGUGUGGAGGAGCGGGUGUCCCUGAUCCGGAGGUCGGUCAACGGCACUACCUCGGACUGUCUUGUCUCCUUGGUGACCUCUGUCACCAAUGUGGACCUGCCCCCUAAAGAGUCAAGCAUCUAAGCCCAGGACACGAGUGGAUCUCCAGACUCAGUGGAUCUGAAGAGGAAAAGGAAAAAAAAAAAAAAGUUGUGUUUUGUUUUGGAAAUCCCAUAACACCACCAACAAACACAUAAAAUGCAGCUGCUAUUUUACCUUGACUUUUUAUUAUUAUUAUAAUUAUUAUAAUUAUUAUUAUUAAUAUUAUUUUUUGGAUUGGAUCAGUUUUACCAGCACAUCGCUCUACUGUAUCGCAAACAGCGGACGCGUCAGCAGGCGUUGAGGUGCUGAGCUGUGAACGCAGAACCAGCGCCUGCUCAAGAGCCCCGCCACCUCCUGUCCUUUGGGGGUUCAUUGUUCCCGCUUUCUCUUUGUUUGUCGUCUCAGAAUCUGUGACACAAAGAAACCCAUCUCCUGUCUUAGGAAACUUAAUGCUGCAAACUCUUCCUAGAGGAACCUUUGAAGACUGUUACAUAAGAACAUACCUUCCUCAAAAGAGGAGUUUCCCUCUGCCCUCGUCCUCCUUCCACCCUCCCUUUUAUUGUGUUUUGUUUUUUUUCUCCCUUUUGAGACAGUGAGUUUAAGGAACAGCAGAUGUGUCUUUCAUGGAUUAACGGGUGUUGUCCUGACCGAGGAAAAACUGGCAUGAGGACAAGGAUGGUUUGGACUGGAGUUGGAAGGGGAGGACGGAGCUGGGGGUAGGGUCUGGAGCAGAGCUACACUGGACUCGGGCAGUCGGAGCAACAUCCUUUGCUAUGAGGCUACUUCUCAGGUAACCAGGAAUUGAGGGGAAGGACCGAGUGGAGGCUGAGCAUUAACGGCAAGCGUGGGGUUUGGAGAAAGCCCCAAAGCAGGUGUGGCUGUGACCCAUCUGCUGGCCCUGACCAGUUUUUUUCCACUAACUUGGGCUUGGGCAUAGGACAAAACGUUUUUUUUUCUGCCCUAUUUUAAGGUUAGGUAAGGUAGAAAUCACGGUUUAGUGAGUACAUUCUUCGUAAAACAUGAUGCUGUAAAUAUCUUUAAUGGGGGAGAGGUUGAAAUACAUUGCUUCCUCCUGGAGCAGUUCAGGGAAAUGCCCACAGGGGGCGCCCUGCAGAGCCAGGGCACGAGGAUUUCCUGUGUGGGCCCUACUGAGGCCUGCCUCUCUGGAGACCCUGAGAGUCCUGCAGCGCCGGCUCUGCCCCAUGUGGUGACAUUACUGUCCCCUUUUUGUGGCUCAUGGACACGGCUUUCUCCGGACCCCUUAAAGUGGUGCAUAUUCUAAAAACCCUUUCUCUGUUAUGCCAUAACCUUGCUCUAGUCAGUGAAUGUUCUUAAUGCUGCUGUUUCAACAUUUGAAUUUUUUUUAAUUUAUGAAACAUGCAAAAUUUUUAAAAAACAAAAUGUACACACAUCCACACGUACACACACGCUUUGCUAUGUGGCUUCCAAGGUUUAAAUUUUGAAAAGUAAAAGAAUUAAAACUUCACGACCACAGACCACCUCAAACCAGAAAUACCUCAGAAUUUUCUACUUGUAUCAGUAGCACUCUAGGAACCAACCCACCGUUCCUUUCGCUGUUCCCCGUCAAAGAACCUUUCUCUGCUCUCCAGCCCGUCUGAAUGUAAUUCUGUUGUGCCUUUGUUUUUGUCAUCUGCCUCCCCCCAAAAGCAACUGCUGUAAGCUUUUUUCUACUUAUCUUUUCUAGCCCCACACUCCACCUUUUUCCUUUUUCCCAGCUGUAAUUCCUGGAUGCAGGUCUGCGUUCCAGGUGUUUUAAGAACCAGUUACCUCAGACCUCAUGUUGAACGGUGUCACCAUCUGGGUCCUCAAUACUGCAGGCUUGUAACAUACACAGGCAGGAACCCUGCCAAGUGUGGGCACUUAUUUGUUGUGAAGUAAAACUCUUCCCAAGUACGGAAAGCAGGGGCUUCUGGCAAGCUCUUGGCGGCACUGUGGUGGGAUGGGUCUAGAGUGUCAUCUGAACGGUGCUUCCAGUGUUCCCCUUUCAAUUCUGCCAUUUUCAGUAUUCUCUUGUCUGAAUGGGCAAAGUGAUUCAAUUGACUGGUCUUGCACACAAAUUAGUUCCAAAGAUGAGCUCUUUGUAACACAUUUCCAGUCACUGAAGCUCAAAUGUAGAACAUUCCUUUCAAUGGCAGGCUUCAAAACCCACCAUCCACCACAGUGCAUUUUGGGAAGAUGUCUGUAGCAUAAUGUUGCUGUGAAAUUAGGCCUUGCGGGAUAUGGCUGUUUGUCAUUUUGAUGUAUUUUAAAUAAAUAUAUAUAUAUAUUUUUAAAAGAGUCUUUUUUACCAGUUCAAAAAGUUUAAUUAACCAGCAGUCACCACAUCUGAAUUUCUGUCUCUGGGGCAUAGAUGGCAGACCAAGAUUAAAAGUGGUAACUCAGUCAUUCGCAUGUGGGCUGCCUGCCUGGGUUGUCCUGCUGACGAUGGGACACAAAGGUCAUUGUGUUCCCAUAGGGUCUGGACUCAGCCCUCCAAGCAUUUGGUCUCUGCCCUGUUCGGCGGACUGUUGACUAGUCCCUGCAAGUGCUUUAGCCCAAGUGGGGUUUCCUCAGAGCACUGCCACGACUUACGCGUAUGUUUAGCCAAAUAAUUUCUCCAUAAGGGAAAAACACGCUCAUCCAGAUUUUACCAGCAAUGACAGAUGAGAGUAGGAAGGAUUAGGCAACAUCUGGGUUUUGAUUUGGAAAGUGUCCGAGUCACUGUCAAAUGAGAGCCAGUGAUCGUACAGAGAUUCCUAGGAGACCUCAAUUGAAAGUGUUAAGACCUCCUGUGAGGGGAGGAAUUGUUAAAAUGCCAGCGGCUUCCCCCCACCCCACCCCCCGUUUUUCUUCUAGAAUUCUUUUAAAAAAAAAUAAUAAAAUAAAAUGCAAAGAAAAUUGAGUGAUACUUGAGAAUUGAGGGUGAGGGUUACCGCAGAUUAGAAACAUACUUCUAGAUUUCAGUGUCACAGCACAAAUCCACACAAUGCCAUUUUUCAACUGUACAAGAGAAUCUGCUUAUGAAUUUGACAUGAUCUUAACGGUAGCGUCAAAGGCCGAAUUUUUCACCUGUUAAUAUUUUUCCACAUUUGUCCUUGAAUCCGAAUAACUAUACAGUACUGUAAAUUCAACUUAGAUCGAGUUUGAUGUCAAUUCUUGUGAAAAGAGCUUCUGCAUGUAACAGACACACAAAGAACACAGCAGAGUAUAAAAUUUGCAGGACCAAUUUGGGAACCAACAGAAAAUGUCACCUCUCAUUUGCCAUCUUAUAUAUCAGUUUUACCACCUACUUCUAAAUUUGUACAUUAUUUGUAAGGAAAAGAAGGAAAAAUCCUAAAACUGUCUAACUUAGUGGAGAAUGUGUGUGUUGGGUUUAGGAUGAUAGCAAAGUCUUAUUGAGCUGUGUUACCUAACUUGUAUAUAAAAAUUGUAAUUAAAAGUUUGGAUUCACCUGUUUCUUGCAGUUUAAAACAAGUAACUGCAACCUGGAAAUGUGACUAGUAUAUGAUUUAAGGCUAUAGAAGUGAGGAAGCUCUUCAAGUGCUAAAACUAAAGACUUCUAGUUUUUGGCUCAAAUUCAGCAAGUACUGUUUGUAUACCAGGAUAUGUGAGAUGUAAAUGUAAUAGGUCACUUUUCACCCUUGUAGCUAUAAAAUAAAAAUUUUGUAGAACAGAAAUAGCUUGUACUACUGAAUUAACAAAAGUUAUACUAAAGUAUCAUGUUUUUAAAAAUAUAUAUGUAUACAGAGUUAAGCUUGUUGCUGUUACCCUGUCUGGAUUUGAAAAGUGUGCAUAUAUAUAUAUAUAUAUAUAUAUAUAUAUAUAUAUAUAUAUAUAUAUAUAUAAAAUAUACAAGCACACAUCUAAAAUGGCCUAAAGCAGACAUCCAUGUAAUUACAGUUGCAAAAUGAAGACAUUUUAGAAAGAACAUUGUAUCAUAGUUCAUUCAUUUGCAGUGGAUCUUUGUUCCUUUUUACUGUGGUAAUUUUAGAAAUGAGUGUCCAGUUUGAAAUUAGAUAUGCUAAGUUGGGGUUUUGCUGCUUGAACUCUGCACUGGGUCCUCAAAUAAACCGAUGUGAAUGUAGUUUUUUCCCUCUGUGUGAAGAAGCAGCCACACCCCAACAGAAUAGGAGGAAAAAUCUAGAACUAUUUCAAGUUUUAUCUUUUUGUAUAUGAAAAUAAAAUAAUA